AUGUCACUAAAAUCACAAAUCUCAAUCCUGUCCUUAAUCUUAUUAGCACUAGCAAAUGGUUUAAAUGCUGGCAAGAUUGUAAUCUAUUGGGGCCAAAAUGGCAAUGAAGGCACAUUAGCUGAAACUUGUGCCACAAGAAACUAUGAAUAUGUGAUCAUGGCUUUCUUACCAACCUUUGUCCCAACUCAAACUCCAAUGAUUAACCUAGCUGGUCAUUGUGAUCCAAAGAGUACUAAUGGUUGCAUUGCCCUAUCCUCUGACAUCAAAUUUUGUCAAUCCAAAGGCAUCAAAGUAUUGCUCUCUUUAAGAGGAGACAAAGGUAGCUACCCACUUGAAUCCACACAACAAGCAAGCCUUGUAGCUACUUACCUUUGGAAUAACUUCUUAGGCGGAAACUCGACAUCUCGCCCUCUCGGCCCUGCUAUUCUGGAUGGCAUCGAUUUUGAUAUCGAAGGAGGUUCGACUAACCAACACUGGAGUGAUCUUGCUAGGUUCCUUAAAGGGUAUAAUGGGAAAAAAAUUUACAUAACUGCAGCUCCCCAGUGUCCAUUUCCUGAUGCUUGGUUAGGAAAUGCACUUACAACAGGACUUUUUGAUUAUGUUUGGGUACAAUUCUAUAAUAAUCCUUCUUGUCAAUACAUUUCCGGUGAAAUUAGUACUUUUGAAGAUGCAUGGAAGAAGUGGACAUUAGAUAUACCCGUUAAGAAGAUAUUUUUAGGGCUACCGGCUUCGCUAGAGGCGGCCGGGAGUGGAUUUAUACCUAUUGAUAAUCUUACUUCAAUUGUGCUUCCAACUAUUAAGGGCUCUGAUAAAUAUGGUGGUGUUAUGUUGUGGUCUAGGUACUAUGAUGUUCUUAGUGGUUAUAGUACUUCCAUUAAGAGCUAUGUUUGAAAUCUAGUUACUUGUUAAUGUUGUGAAUGUGAAUUAUAUGUGUAUAUAG